AAAAAACUCAGAGCAGAACUACCUUGGCAGCUGAAUGUGACCGUGGCAUCCAGGAAGGGGAGCUUCGGCAUGAAGGGCCUCCUCGUGGCCGCGUGGCCCAGCCGGGCUGGGCUCCCCCAGGUUGGGUGACACCUGCCGACUGUGGUGACUGCGGGGAACUAGGGGUGCCAGGGGGAACACCAGUGUCCACUGUGGGGGCCGGAGCGACGCGCCCUGCUGCUCAUGCCGGCGUGGCCCCGCCAUAAGGCAGCUGGGGGCAGGACUGACACCAGCGUCCCGGCGGGCACAGCAUGGAGCGCUCAAGCAAGAUGGAGUUCUUCCAGAAGCUGGGCUACGGCCGGGAGGACGUGGUCAGGGUGCUGGGCAAGCUGGGCGAGGACGCCCUGGUCAACGACGUGCUGCAGGAGCUGAUCCAGACGGGCAGCCGCCCCGGGGCGCAGGAGAGCGGCGCUGCGCCCCUGCUUGUUCCCAGGGGCUCCUGCGGGCCCCUGGACCCUGCCCACUGUGGGCUGCCGACCGAGCUGGAAGAAGACCGCGGAUGCCCGGCCAGCUCUUUUCGACCCAUAGUGAUCGACGGCAGCAACGUGGCAAUGAGCCACGGAAAUAAAGAAGCCUUCUCUUGCCGGGGAAUCCAGCUGGCCGUGGACUGGUUCCGGGACAGGGGACACACCUACAUCAAGGUUUUUGUCCCAUCCUGGAGGAAGGACCCACCACGAUCCGAUACCCCUAUCAGAGAGCAGCACGUGCUGGAGGAGCUGGAGAGGCAGGCGGUGCUGGUGUACACCCCGUCCCGCAAGGUCAAUGGCAAGCGGGUGGUCUGCUACGACGACCGCUACAUUGUGAAGGUGGCCUACGAGCAGGACGGCGUCAUCGUCUCCAAUGACAACUACCGCGACCUCCAGAGCGAGAACCCUGAGUGGAAGUGGUUCAUCGAGCAGAGGCUGCUCAUGUUCUCCUUUGUCAACGACAGGUUCAUGCCUCCCGAUGACCCCUUGGGCCGCCGGGGACCCACCCUGAGCAACUUCCUGAGCAGGAAGCCCAGGCCCCCAGAGCCAUCCUGGCAGCACUGCCCCUACGGCAAGAAGUGCACCUACGGCGUCAAGUGCAAGUUCUACCACCCUGAGCGGCCUCACUGGGCGCAGCUGGCGGUGGCCGAUGAGCUGCGCGCGCAGACGCGGGCCUGGCGCGACGCGGGCGCCGAGGCCGAGCGGCGCUGGGCUGAACGCGGCUGGGGCGACGGCGCCUUCGGGGGACCGUCGGGGUCUCCGCCUCCCUCCGCUCCCGGCGAGGGGGACGCGCGCGCCCGGACGCGCGCCGCGCUCUGCAGCAUCUUCCCGCCGCACCAGGUGGACCGCGUCAUGGCCCAGUUCCCGGCGCUCUCCGAUGUCACCCGGCUCAUCUUUCUCAUCCAGAGCUUCCAGAAGUCUGGGGCUCCUGUGGGAAAGUCCUAAGGAGCUCGCCCCAGCCACCGCAAGCCCCAGUCUUGCCUUGCCACUUGGGUCAGGGCAGGUGGCCAGCCUGCUCUGGGGGCGAGCCACUUUGCAGCCCCCUUUUCUUUCAAGAUGGUCAGGGAAGCCAGCUUCCUCACCCUCAGUCGUGUGCGUGGUGGCACUUGAUGGCCCUCACUGACACUGCAGGGCUUGCUGCUGGAGGUCCAUGUCCUGCAGAAUAAGGUUGGCCACGUCCACGGAUGGAGGGACUUCCUAUGUCUGGAAGACUAGAAGGUCCCGUGUGGGCUCCAAGGAUUCGUCCAGAACACCGCAGGGCUGUUUGGUCAAGCUGCAAUUGGGAUCCACCAGUGGUCACAACCUCACUUUAGUGGGUCGCACCAGGAGUGUGUGUGCACCCGUGUACCCUUGGUAGCUGUGCACACUUAAUGUGGGUCAUGGGCAAACGUUUGAAAAUUCCUGGUAAAUGGACUUGACUUUUAUUGCAUCAAACGACAUUUGAAAUAUGUAGUCAGUUGGCUGGUGGAGGUCUUGGCAUCUGAUGGGUUUCAUAUCGGCUGUGUCUUACCUCAUGAGAGGAACCUAGAAUUCUAGCCUUGAUGGGUGGGUCCACUUGUCACUCUGAAAUUGUGUGGCUGUGCUGGUCUUCAGAGGUGGUGCAGGGGCACCUUGUCUUGAGGGCAGAGCACAGGUCCUCAGUUAGCUGAGCCUUCUAAGCCACACCUCACACCUGAGUCAAGGCCCAGUGAGUCAGGGCUUGUGCUCAGAAACCUCCAAGUGGGUCAGCGAAGAGCUGGGAAGAGCCUCAGUCACAGAGGUUCAUCUCCGCCUUCCACCAGCACUGUUUCUUCCGGCCAGCUACGGCUCUGAGUUUUGGGGAGAAGGGACCCACCCACGUGCAGUGGACAAGAAAUGACACAGUGCUUCCGGAGUGUGAACACUGCAUCCUCAGGGGCCAUGGCAUCUCUAGCGGGCAUCCAUCCCUGGUGACAAGUCCAGAUGUGCAGGUCUUCGCGCAUAUGUUCACCAGGGCCCUUGGUGGCUUGGCCAUCAGGGAGAGUGUGAGGCACCUCCCAGUGGAAAAUCAGCUCCGAACCCCCAAAAGCUUUCUGCAGCCUGGCGGAUGCAAAGAGAAAGUCUUCUCAGUGCAUCUUUCGUUCAGCUGUGCGCAUUGUGGGCACAGACCAGGGUGCACCCUUGGGAGAGUCUGCUUCUAGACCUCUGAUUCACAGUAAAUGCCGCCCAAGGCGAUACAGUGAUGCUCUGUCUCCCUGUGACCUUUUUUUUUUUUUUUAAAGUAGACUUCAUGCCCCAUGCAGAG